UUCAUAAAACUUGAAAACAAAAAUAGCGAAAUCAACAAAUUCAUAAAACUUGAAAAAAACUGAACAAUUAAUCAAAUCGAUAAAAUCCGAUCAAAUUCAGUGAUCAAUGUCGUCGUCAUUGAUGUUGCCGCCAACGCACCGGUAUGCAGCCGGAGCUUUGUUUGGGCUUGCUCUUCACCAGGCUCAGAUCCAUCAAACUUGUCCAUUGGGCUUUCCGGAUACACCGCCGGAGGAACGGAGUAGCAGUGGCAGUAGUGCAGAUUCCGUUUCCGAUGAUCCUCAACUUUGGGUUCAUGAAUCCUCUGCUCUUCUAAGACCUAUAUUCAAAUUUUUAGAGAUUGAUGACAAGGCAUGGUCUGGACUAGAGGAAACUGCUGCCUCUACACCACCAAAGCAUCAUGUUGGAGCGUUUCUAAGGUUACUGUCUGAAGAAAGUGAUGAUGGUUCUUCAGAAGCAGCAGACAUGGAACUUGCUUUGGCAAAUGGCGUAGAUGCUAUGGCAUCAAGCAUGGAGAGAACUUCUGAUAAUGAGUCUAAGGAGGAGAAGAGGCGUGAAUAUAAGCAUGAAUGUGAGGAGAAGCUAUCAAUUGCUGAUGUGAAGUCCAAGUCAGAUACGGAAAAUACGAAGGUUGAAAAUUACCCAGAGAAAAGCCAUAAACCAUCUAGCAUUGUGGGGGCUCAUUUGAAGUCUGUUAGUGGAUCUGAUGAAAAACCUGUGGAAGAGGUAUCAAUGCUUGGGUACACUAGGAAGGUGACCAUUCUCUAUGAGCUUCUUUCAGCUUGUCUCGCACAAGUACCUGAAGACGGUAAGAAAACUACUCGAAGAAGGAAGGGUUAUGAUGCUCGACAUCGUGUGGCUUUACGGUUGCUAGCGACAUGGCUUAAUGUCAGAUGGAUCAAAGUGGAAGCCAUUGAGACCAUGGUUGCUUGUUCAGCAAUGGCUUUGCUGAAAGAGGAAGAAUCAAAGGAGGAAAGCCAAUCUCCUGAUGGUUCAUGGGCAAAGUGGAAACGAGGAGGUAUUAUAGGUGCAGCUGCAUUGACUGGUGGAACUUUAAUGGCAAUUACUGGUGGUUUGGCUGCUCCAGCAAUAGCUGCAGGCUUUGGUGCUUUAGCACCUACUUUGGGCACUCUUAUUCCUGUGAUUGGAGCAAGUGGGUUCGCUGCUGUUGCUACUGCUGCUGGGAGUGUUGCAGGAUCUGUUGCAGUCGCAGCAUCAUUUGGAGCUGCUGGAGCUGGACUUACAGGAACUAAAAUGGCCAGGAGAACUGGAGACGUUGAUGAAUUUGAGUUCAAGGCUAUAGGGGAAAACCACAACCAGGGGCGGCUGGCAGUUCAGAUCUUGAUCUCGGGACUUGUUUUUGAGGAGGAGGACUUUAUAAGACCUUGGGAUGGACAACAUGAUAACUCUGAAAGGUAUAUAUUGCAGUGGGAAUCGAAGAAUCUUAUUGCUGUAAGCACUGCAAUUCAGGAUUGGCUGACUUCACGAAUUGCAAUGGAGUUGAUGAAGCAAGGUGCUAUGAUGACUGUACUACACACUCUUUUAACAGCUUUGGCUUGGCCAGCAGCUUUACUUACUAUUACUGAUUUCAUAGACAGCACAUGGUCAAUUGCUGUGGACAGAUCUGAUAAAGCAGGAGUGCUCCUAGCAGAAGUGUUGAAGAAAGGAUUACAGGGACACAGGCCUGUGACACUUGUAGGAUUUUCACUAGGGGCAAGAGUUAUUUUUAAAUGUCUACAGGUUUUGGCUGAGAGUGAAAAUAAUUCUGGACUUGUGGAAAGGGUCGUUCUUCUUGGGGCACCUAUUGCAAUUAAAGAUAUGGAAUGGGAAGCAGCUAGAAAGGUGGUAGCUGGUAGAUUUGUGAAUGCUUAUUCUACCAAUGAUUGGAUGCUUGGAGUUGCCUUUCGUGCCAGUCUCCUUACUCAAGGCCUGGCUGGAAUUCAACCAGUUGAGAUUCUUGGUGUUGAGAAUGUUGAUGUAACUGAAUUCAUCGAGGGCCAUUCGUCGUAUCUAUGGGCUACACAAGAGAUUUUAGAACUACUUGAGCUGGAUACUUAUUAUCCUGUUUUCGGUCAUCGCAUUGUAAAAACAUAAAUUUUACAGUUCUUAUUUCUUUUAGGCACUUCAUUGUUGUGAGUUGUGAG